GAGGUUAAGAUCAGAGCAAUUAGAAUAACUGGAACCCAACUUAAGAGGAUAAGAAAGUACACAAUUAAGAUCCAGUGAGGCUCUCUCAUCUCCCGCCUUUAGCUGCUUCAGGAUCUUUGAAAUCCGUGUGAUUCGAAUACGGUGCGGGAUUGACUGUCCUGCACUUCACAGAUGUACAUUGGAAUAGAUCCCGACUAAAUUGAUUCCAAGCGCAAAAACUUGUUGAAUUUCGUUGCCUAAAUCAAGAGAUUAAAGACCUCAAGCCAACGGAUCGUGACCCUCAAACUGGAAGAAAACGAUGGAACCUCCCCUUCUUGACGGUAUGACACAAAGCAAGACUACUCGCAGUUGCUGAAGGCGCGGAUGAUUGUAUUCGACGUACAUCCUUUGGGUGACGCCGGAUGGCGACUAAAUUUGUUGCAUCCUCGGACACCCGUGUGUUGAUAAUCUACGAACCCCAAAAUGCUGGUGCAUCUAGUGGAGAAGCGGGUAGUUUUGAAGGCCACCUAUUACACUUACGAAACCCCAAAAAUGACUCAACAGCUUGUUACAUGAUUGUAAACGGGCUACUUCUUGAACUUCACUGGUUCAAGCAACGAUACACAUCUUGGUUCAUCGGCGAUUCAGUUUGUGAGGAUGGGAGCUGUUAUUUCACGACACCUUUAGAUCCACUCUUCAUGGUCUUACCUAUAUUGGACAGUGCUCGUAUGAAGAAAGGAGACGAUCUUGGAAAAUUUAGGGCACUCGAAGAGAUGAUGUGUGUUGAUGGCUACACGGGAUACAUGUCUCUGGUGCCGCUCCUUGACAAAUGUCUUCACAUAAUUUGCGAAAUUCGAGAGGUAGGCGAUUCCAAGUAUUAUAGGCUUGACGAUCGUAAAGUUUUGGCAUGGUUACUAUGCAAGGCCAAGAGGAUAUCAGAAGACCUUCGAUCAACUCAGAAGAAUUUGUUAAACAUGAGCAAGGAGGACAUGAAUUCGUACGUUGUGGGACUUCUGAGCGAAUACUUGACUGCGGAACCAUGGCUUACCAAGCUGUGCAACUCACUAAGUGUGGAACGGGGGGCCAGCAAGAUAGGACAUUGGGUUGCACCGCCAGAGGUCUUGGGCGUGGCCCCAUCCCAGAAUACGAAGCACUCAGGUUCCAGCGUAGGUAAAGGAGCAGCAGCAAAGAAGGGAGCGCCACAAGGAGUUAGGAAGAUAACCAGCUUCUUUGCUCGCCCUCGAUAGUAAAGGGCUGUUGGUCAAUAUUGACGAACAUGUCCCGUCUGUACCUGUGAAGCGUACAUCUGGUCUCAGGCAACAAAGUUAUCAGGUAUUUCAGCCUGGAAGAUGCACGAAACUGUAAUUAAGUUUCUGCUUCCUGCGUGAGAUUGUGGUUAGAUGAGCAGUGACCUUGAUUUCAUCGACGUAAAGGAAACUUCUACCACUUUCCAGCGUUUCAAGUGGAUGGACAGUUUCUAGAAAUGCACCAGCGGUGGAAAACCAUGCACUCGAACUUUUUCCUUUGUGGGAAUGUUCAUCAUUGUUACCAACCCUUAGAAGGAAGUUCAUGGUCGGGAGUACUGAUCAGAUUCUUGAUUGCGUAUGAAAUUGUGUCGAAUAAUACAUGAAUAUUGUCUUACCAAAGGGACUCAAUCAUGACAUUUUUCUAAAUGCGCCCACGAUAAGAAAACAGGAACACGAGAAAGAGAUUUGUUCUUAUUCUUGCAACAGCAGAGCUUCUUCUAUGUGAGCCAUGUAGGAUCACAACAUGUGAAACCAUAGGAAGACAGCGUUUUCACUAAGAAUAAAAUGAGGAAGGCUGUCUUGAGUCUUGCAGAUUACUGGCAGUUCUGCAACAUUUCCUGUUUAGCGGGGUGCUACCGUCUCAUUUCGAUUAUACAGAUUUCACAGUACAGAGGGUUUCACAGGAAGAAGAAAGACUUGAAAAGAACAUAGAUUCAAAUGUGACGAUGUAUUAUGUGAAGAUUCGGAAUAUCACAUCUCAUCUACUUAUUCAUGCUGUACGUGGAAAUUCACUUUUACAGAAGCCAGAGAGACAAACUUAUCAAAGCCGUGUUACAAACCAAUUCUGAAAAAUGUACUGGUAUAUGACGACCCUAUGUAUAUUAUAUAUUUCGUUUUGGGAUGACCAGCUUUCGCA